AUGUCAAUGAUCUCGCUACUCACCCGACGCGCGCGCAUCAAUUGCAGUCGCAUUCGCAUCCCCGCCAGACAGCUAUCGACACUCCCGAACACGACCAUCUUCCGCGCACUGCAAGACCACGACCCGGACAGUCUAGCUGUCAUUCACAGUUCGUCCGCGCGCUCAUUUACAUACGGGAGUCUGAUAGCCGAUGUUGUCGCGGCCAAGGAUGAUCUCGAGCGCAAAGCUGCCAACGCCAACGCGUCGGGUCAAUUGGCCGGUGAGCGAGUUGCGUUUCUGGCCGAGAAUAGCUAUGACUACGUAGUCACGCUGUUGGCGAUCUUUGCUAGUGAUGCUAUUGCGUUGCCGUUGUCGCCUUCUUUUCCGUCUGGGGAGUUGAAGUAUAUUCUCGAUAAUUCCCAGGCGAAGGUUUUGCUUGCCACUGAGAAAUAUGCGGAUAAAGCUAUGGAGGUCCUCCAUCAGGGAUUGGAUCGUGAGCCUUUAUUCAAUGUUCGCAAGAAGCUAUUGGAGGGUGGUGCCCGGCAGAGCGUCACUUUGGAGGCAUUGAAGAAGCCUUCUGGUGGAAUGAUGCUAUAUACAUCUGGCACGACCAAUAGACCGAAAGGCGUACUCAUCCCACAGUCGGCACUGGCAGCUCAAGCCUCAUCCCUGUUACAAGCAUGGAACUACUCCCCUGAUGACCGCCUCCUACACCUGCUACCACUCCACCACAUCCACGGUGUAGUAAACGCCAUCGUGGCACCAAUAGUAGCAGGCUCAUCCAUCGAAUUCAUGUACCCCUUCAACACAGACCAAGUCUGGAAACGCCUCGCAGCACCAUUCCAAUCCACCACCACCACCAAACCAUCAAAAAUAACCUUCCUAACAGCCGUCCCAACAAUCUACAACAGACUUCUAAACACAUUCCCAACCCUCCAAGCAGAAACCCAAAAAGCCGCCAAAGAAGGAAUCUCCCCAUCAAACCUCCGACUAAAUAUCUCAGGCUCCGCCGCGCUCCCAACACCGACUAAAACCUCCUGGUCAAAUCUAAGCAACGGCAACGUCCUCCUCGAGCGCUUCGGCAUGACAGAAGUCGGCAUGGCAAUAAGCUGCGGACUAGACAAUGCGGACCGAGUCGACGGAAGCGUCGGCUGGCCCUUACCAGGCGUUGAAGCCCGUCUAGUCGAUACAGACAACGGCCAGGUCAUCCCAGUCGGCGAUGAAAUCGACCCCAAAGGCCGUGAACUCGAAGGCGAGAUCCAGUUACGCGGAGAUACUAUCUUCAGUGAGUAUUGGGGUAAUGAGAAAGCCACCCGUGAAGGAUUCGUCGAUGAUGGAAGUGGAGAUGGAAAAGGCAAAUGGUUCUGUACGGGCGAUGUAGCGACGAGGAGGGUCGUUAAUGGUGCCGGGUCUGGCAGCAGUGGUGAAUGGGCGAAAGGACCCAUGUAUUUCAUUCAGGGGAGGAAGAGCGUUGAUAUUAUCAAAAGUGGUGCUGAGAAGAUUAGCGCGUUGGAGGUUGAGAGGGAGUUGCUUUCGCUUCCCCAAAUAACCGAAGCAGCAGUCGUCGGCCUCCCCUCCGAAAAAUGGGGCCAAAAGGUCGCUGCUGUCGUCGUUCUUCAUCCUGAUGCUGCUUCUUCGGGUCGAAGUGGGAAGUCUUGGGGUCCGAUGGAUAUGAGACGGGCUUUGAAGGAACAUUUGGCUCCUUAUAAGAUUCCUUCUGAGAUGAAAGUCUUGGAUGCUAUUCCGAGGAAUGCGAUGGGAAAGGUUAAUAAGAAGGCUCUUAUUAAAGAGGUGUUUGAUGUUUGA